AUGCUUACAUGUCAUGGGCUUGGACCUGGAUCAUCCACUGAGUGUGAAAAUUCGCAAGCGCCAGUCGGUUCCCUUCUUGUGGUAUAUAUACGGAGUGAUAGUGUCAAUGGCCAAUACGGAUUUAUGUGGUUGAUCAAAGCCUUGCCAGUUGCGGUGCUAGGCAGGCUAGGAGCCCUGGCGGCGCCGAAGAGUGCCCCAAAAUGCAAGAAGCUUUCGUGUGUCGCCAUUGCUCUCACCAUGAUUGGUCGUUAA